UCAUAUUAAUACCACUGAAAUUCACCUUUUGAAAAAUGUUUUUCAGGUAAAUGUUCCAAGAGUGGUUGAUGAACCAAUGGAAGAGGGAGAACCAGAACCUUGCCUGGAGGAAGAAGAUGUUAAAGAAAUCCCCAUUACAAAUCAUGCUAAAGAAGGAUAUGAGAAGGCAGAUCCUGCACAGUUUGACUUGCUCAAGGUUCUUGGUCAGGGAUCUUUUGGAAAGGUUUUUCUUGUUAGGAAGAAGACUGGUCCUGAUGCUGGGCAGCUCUAUGCAAUGAAGGUGUUAAGAAAAGCUUGUCUGAAAGUUCGAGAUCGAGUUCGCACAAAGAUGGAAAGGGAUAUUCUGGUGGAAGUAAAUCAUCCGUUUAUCGUCAAAUUACACUAUGCCUUUCAGACUGAAGGAAAGCUGUAUUUAAUCUUGGAUUUCCUCAGGGGAGGAGAUGUCUUCACGAGAUUAUCCAAAGAGGUUCUAUUUACAGAGGAAGAUGUGAAAUUCUACCUUGCGGAAUUGGCCUUGGCUUUGGAUCAUCUCCAUCGUUUAGGAAUUGUGUACAGAGACCUGAAGCCAGAGAACAUCUUGCUUGAUGAAAUAGGACAUAUCAAGUUAACAGAUUUUGGGCUUAGCAAAGAGUCAGUGGAUCAGGAAAAGAAGGCCUACUCAUUUUGUGGCACUGUAGAGUAUAUGGCUCCUGAAGUAGUAAAUAGACGAGGCCAUUCUCAGAGUGCUGACUGGUGGUCAUAUGGUGUACUUAUGUUUGAAAUGCUUACUGGCACUUUGCCAUUUCAAGGUAAAGACAGAAAUGAGACCAUGAAUAUGAUACUGAAAGCAAAACUUGGAAUGCCUCAAUUUCUUAGUGCUGAAGCACAAAGUCUUUUAAGGAUGUUAUUCAAAAGGAAUCCAGCAAAUAGAUUGGGAUCAGAAGGAGUGGAAGAAGUCAAAAGACAUGCUUUUUUUACAUCUAUUGACUGGAGCAAAUUAUAUAAAAGAGAAGUUCAGCCUCCUUUCAGACCUGCUUCUGGAAAACCAGAUGAUACUUUUUGUUUUGAUCCUGAAUUUACUGCCAAAACACCUAAAGAUUCUCCUGGGUUGCCAGCCAGUGCAAAUGCUCACCAACUCUUCAAAGGAUUCAGCUUUGUUGCAACUUCCAUUGCAGAAGAAUAUAAAAUCACUCCCGUUACAAGUGCAAAUGUGUUACCAAUCAUCCAGAUAAAUGGAAAUGCUGCUCAAUUUAGUGAAGUCUAUGAAUUGAAAGAGGAUAUUGGUAUUGGUUCUUACUCUGUUUGCAAGCGAUGCAUACAUUUAGAUUCCAACAUGGAAUUUGCCGUGAAGAUCAUUGACAAAAAUAAACGUGACCCCUCAGAAGAAAUUGAAAUUCUGAUGCGCUAUCAACAGCAUCCCAACAUUAUCACUUUGAAGGAUGUCUUUGAUGAUGGGAAAUUUGUUUACCUUGUCACGGAUCUGAUGAAAGGAGGAGAACUACUGGAUCGUAUUCUCAAACAAAAGUGUUUUUCAGAACAGGAAGCUCGUGAUGUACUGUAUGUGAUAACCAAGACAGUUGAAUAUCUUCAUUGUCAAGGAGUUGUUCAUCGUGAUCUUAAGCCCAGUAAUAUUUUGUACAUGGAUGAAUCAGCCAAUGCAGAUUUAAUUAAGAUUUGUGAUUUUGGGUUUGCCAAACAGCUUCGAGGAGAAAAUGGACUUCUGUUAACUCCGUGCUACACUGCAAACUUUGUGGCACCUGAGGUUCUCACUCAGCAAGGAUAUGAUGCUGCUUGUGAUAUUUGGAGCUUGGGAGUCCUUUUUUACACCAUGCUGGGUGGCUACACUCCAUUUUCCAAUGGACCCAAUGAUACUCCUGAAGAAAUACUCCUCCGUAUAGGCAAUGGGAAUUUUUCUUUGAGUGGUGGAAACUGGGACAAUAUUUCAGAUGGAGCUAAGGAAUUGCUUUCUCAUAUGCUUCACAUGGACCCACAUCAGCGUUAUACUGCUGAACAAAUAUUAAAGCACUCUUGGAUAACCCACAGAGAGCAGUUGCCAAGGGAUCAGCCAAAGACAAAUGAUGCAUCACAUGUUGUUCCGGAAGCAGCGGCUGCAACAUAUACUCCCUUGACUCCCAAGACUUUUCAAACAAUCCUAGAGCCUGUUGCUGCUUCGAGUUUAGCUCAGAGACGGAGCAUGAAAAAGCGAACAUCAACUGGCUUAUUGGUGCCUAGCCCAACCGUCACCAAAGAGGCUUCAUCCAGCAACUGAUGGAAGCAGAUGCAGAGACCCACAACCAAACGUUAGGCGGACCUCGGGGAGUCCUGCGGAAGAGGGGGAGGAAGGUUUGUAGAGGCCAGAGGUGUAAAGGACACCACAAGAAAAUCUGCAGAAUCAACUAACCUGGCUCAUAGGAGCUCACAGAGACUGAACCGACAACUAGGGAGCCUGCAUGAGACUACCUAGCCCUCUACAUAUACAUGACAGUUGUGUAUCUUGGUCUUCUUGUGGGAUUCCUAACAGUGGGAGCAGAGGCUUUCUCUGACUCUUUUGUCAUCUUUUAAGACCCUUAUCUUCCUACUGGGUUUCCUUGUCCUGCCUUAAUGUGAGUGGGUGUUCCUAGUCUUCUGCAUCUUCAUAUGCCAUAUUUGGUUGAUAACCUUGGGAGGCCUACCCUCUGAAUAGAAAGAGGAGUCAAUGGGGGAGGCAGAGGGAAAAUGGGGGGAGGGACUGGGAGGAGAGGAACGAGGGGAAACAGUGUUCAAGUUGUGAAAAUAAAUGAAUAAAAUGCCUAUUAAAAGAAAAGACAAUAAUCGUAAAUUCUAACAGUGUUUAACAGUUUUCAAGAACCACGAAGGUAAAAUGUGCCAACUAGUAGAUUGUCAGUGUUGAUUUAGAAACAUCAGUCAGUCAUAUACAUUGUCUAUACUACAAAGAAUUUACUUCAGAUAUGAUGAUAUAUGUUAGUGUAAGUUGAAAAUAAAAGAUUGGAAAUAUAUGUGUGUAUAUUAAUAUAUAUUGGACAUUGAAUAUGUUAUAAUAAAAGAGGCAGUCUGCAUGGAGAAAUACAAAUAAUAUGCAUCUACUAAUAAAAGUGCAAAAC